CUUAAAAAAAAAACAGGUCUUCCUCCACUCGCCGGCUGGUCCUCACCCCGUCACCCGUCUCUUCCGCCGCCGCCGCCGCCGCCAUGCUGCACCUCGUUCGCGAGCGGCUCUACUUCGGCGACAUCAAAGACGCCAUCGCCGCCCUCACGGAGUCCUCCUCCACCCCGACCUUUACCCACGUCCUCUCGGUCGUCAGCUCCGCCUCCAUCUCCUUCAUCACCGACUGCCGCCCGGGCCUCGCAAUCCCGACGGAGGAGAUCCGCCGUGUCGUCACCGGCGAGGAGGGCGCGCCACCUACAGCUGCGGUGCCCCCCGGGACGCUGAUGCGGGUGGUGGAGCGCGCUGGGGACGGGCUGCGGGUCACGCGGAUGGCCGUGCCGCUGCGGGACACGGAGGCGGAGAACCUGCUCGACCACCUCGAGCCUUGCCUUCAUUUCGUCGAUGAGGGAAGGAAGGUCGGGAACGUCCUCGUUCAUUGCUUCGCCGGGGUAUCCAGGAGUGCUUCCAUCAUUGUUGCUUAUCUUAUGAGAUCAGAGCAGAAAUCUCUGGAAGAAGCAUUACAAUCUUUAAAGGAAGUUUCUGAGUCGGCAUGCCCGAAUGAUGGUUUUCUUGACCAGUUGAAAUUGUUUCAGGAAAUGGGCUUCAAAGUUGAUACUUCAAGUCCUUUGUACAAGAGAUUCCGCUUAAAAUUAUUAGGUCAAUCCUACAAAUUUGGGGAGAAAAUAGGCAGCUAUAUGUUUGAAGAUGACCCUGGCCUUUCUCCACAAUCUGGCUCUUGUAUGGCCCAUCAAAUGUUUAAAGAGUUUUACACGCAGUGCUCCUCUAGAGUUUACAUUGCGGAUUCAAUGACAGAGCACCAGGACAGACCAAUGUGCAGGUCUUUUUGCGGGAGUCGACUCCCCCAUGAGCGUGCAUCAUCGCGAGCCGCCCGCAUGACAGCACCCAAAGGAUCAAGCUGUUGUCUGAACACGGCGUUGUUGCGGCGCUUCCAUAGUUGCCAGCAACACAGCAGGAGGAAGGAAUCGAAGUGGCCUGCAGGAAAUGUUAUAAGUCAUGUUCCUGGUGAGGUUGAAUCUUGCUUUGAUUGGAACAGAAGGAAGAGUGGUCGUCCAUACAGCAACAAGGAACAAGAUUGCUCGUCUUUAUUUUUUGAGCCUCUGAAAUGGAUGACUCCAGUAGAAGAUGGUGCUUUGGAGGGGAAGCUAUCGUGCAUCCACUGUGGAGCGAGGUUAGGAUACUUCAACUGGUCAGGAAUACAGUGCAACUGCGGCAGUUGGGUUACCCCAGCCUUCCAAAUUGUUAAGAGCAAAGUUGAUAUAAGCACCAUCUAAACCUUGGGAAUAGUCUGCAGUGAGCAAACCAUUGGAGAAGCUAAGAGAUUAGGAGUGUGACAGUACUGGUGGCUUGAGAUUACGUGUAUAAUAUAUAUAUACACACACGAUAUGUACACAGUGAAGCAAGAGCAUAUUGUAUGUUUUGCCAUUGCUGAUCAGGGGCUGUGUGCAGCAAAUAUCCUACAGAAUGACACAUUUGCUGGUGUAACAGAUUUGAUGUGAGGUCAGCCGUCCGUAGGGCUCGAAAUGGAUGGAAUACAAAUUGAGCAGGCACACUAGUAUUUAUAUUGUUUCAGGGAAUUGAAAUGCCUGAAUUACUCUUUUCCAA